AUGUCUAGAAAAGUUUGUUUUAUAAUCAUUUUAGUAAACAUUAUUCUCUUAGGAGGUGCAGCCGUUUUCAUCGCUUGGUAUUCCGAUCAUAUGGUGUUCCCUUCAAUCACGGUCGAGCAAGGCGCGAUUAAUGCGUACAAUUUCACGUCUGAUAAUCGGCUCAAUGCUACAUUCAUCUUCGUAGUCCACUCGAAAAAUCGAGAUCCAAAAUACACGAUCGAAUAUAAUCAAGUUGUGGUGUCGGUGUAUCAUGUUAAUGGGUAUAGUUUAACGUACGAGAAAGAGAGUCCAUACGUCGAGCACCAUGGGAAUGGUACGUUUUUUACGGCUCAUCCUGUGGCACACAACGUGGUGAUCAAUGACACGAACGUGGCUGAUAUGAUACGAAACGAGACGAUGGGCGGACAUUUGGAUUUGGAAGUAAGAGUUAGGGCUAAAGUUAAAUUUGAGGUUAGAAGAUGGAAGCAUAGACAUUAUCUUAUCAAGGCAAUUUGUACUCCCGUUAUAGUUAAUUUUACAACGUGGAAGACAUCUAGUAAAACAUAUUGUUAUGUAGAUAGUUUUCAAACAUGA